UUAUACACCAUUUCUCCUCCUUCCAGGCAACCAGCCAGACAGCCAUGGCAGCCCGUAUCAUCCGCCGAUCCCUUCCAUCAAGACUCAUCCAAGCCAAGGCCCACUCCACCCAAGCUGAGGUGCAGUCCAAGCCGUCGAAUCCCAAGACCUUCUCCAUCUACCGUUGGAGCCCGGACGCCCCCACAAAGCCGCAGCUGCAGGACUACCAGAUCGACCUGAAGGAGUGCGGGCCGAUGGUCCUCGACGCCCUCAUCAAGAUCAAGAACGAGAUGGACCCAUCUCUCACUUUCCGCCGCUCGUGCCGGGAGGGCAUCUGCGGCUCCUGCGCCAUGAACAUCAACGGCUGCAACGGACUCGCCUGCCUCACUAAGAUCGAAUCCUCCUCCACGGCCUCCACCAUGAUCACCCCUCUCCCGCACAUGUUCGUUAUCAAGGAUCUGGUUGUUGACAUGACGAAUUUCUACAACCAGUACAAGAGCAUCGAGCCUUGGCUGAAGAGGAAGAGCCCGCCACCUGCGCCCGGCAAGGAGAUUCCACAGAGCAAGGCGGACCGGGCGAAGCUCGACGGCAUGUACGAGUGCAUUCUCUGCGCCUGCUGCAGCACGUCUUGCCCUAGUUACUGGUGGAACCCCGAGUCCUACCUGGGGCCUGCUGCACUCCUACACGCUCACAGGUGGAUAGAGGACAGUCGCGAUGAAUACACAAAGGAGCGCUUGGAUGCAAUAUGUGAUGAAUUCAAGCUGUAUCGCUGCCAUACCAUAUUGAACUGUGCCCGUGCCUGUCCCAAGGGAUUGAACCCAGGAAAGCAAAUCCAAAUGAUCAAAUCGAAACAGAUUGUGAAGGGCCUUUAAUCCCAGGCUUAGCUGGAAGACAUUUUCUGCAUUCAUCUACUGAAAGCUCUAAGGAUUUAAUAAUAAUCUGCUUUGAAUGCAUGUUUUCAUGUUCCUUUUCUUUUUCCUUUUUUCCCUUUUCUUUUUCCUUGUGCAUGGGCCGAGCUUCAAGGUUUUAACCUGGUGGAUUCAAUUUAUUGCUUCAAGCCUGUUUUAAUAAGUGUUUCAAUAACUGUAGAAUGACUUGAAUGCUCUGAAUCUCCAUCUUCCCAUCUUUAGUUUUC